AUGGCGCAACACACCUUCCCCCAACCAAGCACCGCCGGUCACGCCACAUUCGGCAGCCCAUCCUGGACCUACUCCGGCCCAAUUGCAAGCACUAGUGCAGGCCAACCAACAAGUACAAUUAAGCAUGAUCAAGACGGAGGAACCGGAAAGGAGAAAGGACCGGUCCGAGAAAGCGAUGACUUGGCUCAGUACAUGGAGCGCAGUCUCGCAAUCGCCUUGCCAUACAGGGACCAAGAAGCAUCUAGCCCACCCGCGAAGGCUGCCAACGACAGGAAACCCAUCCGCAACAUACCGGACAACAGCGGCGACCCGGAAGUGCACGCCACCCCAGAGCGGCGCCGCUACGCCCGGCAGAAGGGUAUGAGAAAGCUAGCAAACAUGUUCCGCCACACCCUCCUCACCCCCAGCGAAGGCCCUUCCGCAGAGCCCCCCGCCGAUGUCCAAGCCACACCAGACCCCCGCGCCAAACGGCCCCGUCGCAAGCGCGCAAAAUACAGCUACACCAUGUCGCUCAACCUCACCCCGCUGACCAACGACCAAGGCUCCACGGGCCAGUACUUUGCCGUGCUCCUGGGCCAGGAGACCAGCUACCAGCAGCUGCUCGACCGUGCCCGCGACGCGCUUGCCGCGGAGGGGAUCGACAGUGGGGGGGGGAUCAAUAUGGCGUUUGCUAUACCGACGGUGUGGGAGAGGGAGAAUGAGCACCGUGAGGCGCCGCGCUACUAUGCGUUCGGCUCGACGAAGGAGAUGCGGCUGAUGCGCAACGAGUGUAAGAAGUAUCAUGGGGCUACGCGGCUGGAGGUGCAUGUGUCGGUGGAGAGGUUUCCGGCUGCAAAGCUGAGGAGGUCGCGCAAGGGUCGCGGUGGGAAGAAGAAGGGGGCGGUGGAGGCCGAGGGUGGUGGGGAGGUUGAGAUGAAGGAGUGA